AUGGCGCCUCCCCUGUACCAGACACUGCAAGUACAGAAUCAAGUGAGAAACAGCAAAGAUUCUUUUGACAAGUUAAAGAAGGAUGUCUGUCAAAAAGUGGACUUGCUGGGAGCUAGUCGCUGCAAUAUGCUAUCUCACUCACUCACUACCUACCAGAGAACACUGCUUGGGUUCUGGGAGAAAGCAGCUCAAAUGAUGACCCAAAUCCAAGAGGCCUGCGCUGGCUUUCAUCCGUACGACUUCCGGGCUCUCAAGCGACUACAAGACACUCCAGGCAAUCUCACUGCAGAUUACCAAGAGGAACAAACAGAAGGCAGUUGUCUCACUACAGACCUCAAUAAGUAAGCAAAGGGCGAAGAGAAGAGAGAGAAGAGAAGAGAGCGUCAACCAGCAGUUGCAAGAGCUCUACCUAGAGACUCACUAGAAGGAGAUGAUUUUGAGAAGGAAUUCUCAUUUCUGAACAGCCUCCUAAGCCCCACUUCUUCAAGUGCUAGUGAGUUUACACAGGAAUGCCAGCCUGCGUGUGGGAGCCCAGGCACUGGCCUCACAUCCCAGGAGCCUUCAGUAGGACCCGGGCCUCUCACUUCCUCCUCCCAGUUCCUUCCUUCACAGCUCCUUGACCUUGGCCUUCACGCUGAUGGAGCUUUCAACACCCCCAACCAUGGUAACCAAGACAUGUCAGCCUGGUUCAAUCUAUUUGCAGACUUGGGUCCCCUCUCAAACCCAGAUGCCAUUGGACACUCAGAUGACGAGCUUCUGAAUGCCUGAUUGAUGUCAUGGUGACUGAUGUCACAGGCUCAGAGGUCUUGAGGCAACAACUGUGCAACAUUUGCCUUUCUGAAGAGAAGUUCCCACUGCGACCACACACGGAAGUGUGUACCCACGAUAGAAGUCUGCCAGCCGACUCUGGUCAGAGUUGGAGCACCGGAGCAGACUGCUGCACUUAUGCUGGAUUUGCGAGCUUUGAUAGUACGUGGAUAAUUUUACAAAGUCUUGAGUCUGCAAUACUGAGAAACCAGAUUUAUGUCUGAAUCACAGAAGCAUGGUGUAUUUCUUUGGAAGGCAUUUUAUACUUGUUACUUUGCUGUAAGGGGAUAAAGAAUAGGAUGUAAAGUGGCUAUAGUUGGGGGAUUUUCCUUGAUAGUGUCAGGUGUUUUCUGUCAUGGAGAAUAGCACUAGAUGUAGAACGCUUUCUCCUCAAGUACAACAUAGAACAAGAUUAGAGAACUGUCUGUUUUACUGGAAUUAGAGAAACGUGUUUGCUUUUCUGUAUCUGGAAACUAAAUGCAAUGUUACCUUUCAUACGCAAUCAUGGAUACACUUAGUUCCAUCACUAAAUUUUCGUGGAGAAGAUAGCAGGAUGUAAAACCCAUCGUUUGUAGACAUGAGAAAAGGAAUCUACAGGCCUGUUUCACAAACUGUGACAGCGACAUUUUGUUUUGUGAAGAACAAGGAGGACCAGCACUGCCGGCCUGCGGAGCAACCUUGCUGAAACUUCCAGAAACUUCUAUGUGAAUAGCAAGACUUCUGAACACCUGUCUUCUGUCUUUACUGCUAUAUUCUAAGUCAUCACACGCUUUAACACAGAAGACUGGCAGACAUGGAAAAUUCCAGACAGUUAAGGAGCAUCCCGAGUUUGUCCUUGAGGUCUAACUCCUAUGGCGCCUUUUGAUUGCUAAACAAAAGCUACAGGCAGGGGACACAAUUUGGAGGGAAGGCAGUGGC